AUGAGAAAUCAUGAAAGUCGACCUCCUGGAACUGCUCCAUUCCCUAAAGUGAAUGCUGCACAUUUUCACCAAACCAAGCGUGAAAGAAGCCCUGACCCCAGCCGUGGUCAUGGUAGUGGAAGAGGUAGAUAUUUUAAUCAGGGUGAUCGUCUUGCAAUAAACAAUGACCCUCAGCACCAGCAGUGCAAAAAGAAGGGUGAAGAUCCUCAAACAGUGUCAAGGAAGAACAUUGAAAAUAGAUGCUAUCGAUGUGAAGCAAAGGGACACUGGUCGCGCAUCUUUCAUACGCCAAAACAUCUGGUGAAUAUCUAUCAGGCAUCCCUUAAGAAAACAGAUAAUGAUGUUGAGGCAAACUUUAUAUCUGAAGAUAAUGUUAAGCCCAUGAAGUUAGAUGCCUCAGAUUUCUUUACAAUCCCCAAAGGAUAUGUUAAUCAUCCUGUAGAUGAUGAAUAUGAAAUAGUCUGA